AUGAAUAAUGAAUGUAAUGAAUAUAGUGAAAAAUUAUUUUGGAAAAUUUUUAAAAAUAAAUAUUUAUUAAAUUGUAUAUUUAAAAAUAAAUGUUGUCAUAAAAGUAAAAAAUUUAAAACAAUUGCAUCAAUAAAUUCAAUUUUAAAACAUAAACAAUAUCAACUGUUGGUAUGUAAAUUAAAAGCAAAUGAAAAUUUGUAUUUUAACAAUACAUACAGAAUUAUUGAAAAGAUUUAUGAAAUAAAAGAUAUAGAAUUAUUCAAAGAGUUAAAUUCAUUAUUACUCACCAAAGGUUAUCAAGAAGAUGUUAAAAUUUUAUUUGAUGGCGACUGUGAUAUAAAAUCAGCAGAUUUAUUCGAUCUUCAUUUACAAUAUCACCCAAAAGAAUUACAAACCUAUAUUACAACAUCUAUAGACUCAAUCAUCCUAUAUAAUAAUCCAAAAUUGAUAAUAGUGGUUUUAAAAAUUUUAGAACAGUAUAUCAAUGAUAGUAAACCAUUUACUCUAACAGAAAUUGAAAGAAAUUAUUUCAUUGGGGAAUAUUCAGAAAUUGGUAAACAUAGAGACCAGGAAAUUAUUGAAGAAUGGAUUAAAAUGAUAUCGAAUAUUCCAAUAUCACCAACUUCUAUAUUAGGUACCAGAGAAUAUAAAGUAAUUCGAGGUGUGGAUCUGUGUUGUAAAUCAAAAAGUAUACCAACAUCGAUUCAAACUCAAAUUGAUAUAAUAAUUCAAAAUAAUAAACCAUAUCAAUCAAUUAAACAAUUGUUUCAACUAUUGGUCAAUGAAACCAAAUCAAUUGUUUUAUAUGCAUGUUAUUUAAAAGAAUAUAAUGAACCAAUUGAAACCAUUCAAACCUGCCAAAAAAUUCAGUUAUUGUUGAUGUAUUUCAUGACAAGAGCUUAUAACACCAAUGUUUUAAUGUUUCUAUUGAAAAAAGAUUUACAAAUCAAAUUAACUUCGGACUAUAGCGAACCAUAUCUCAACAUUUUAUUCAGAUGUAAUCAAAUCGAUAAAACCAAUACUAUUAUAUUCUACAAUACCUAUACAUCACAAAAAUCAAUCAUUGCGGAAGAUAUUGAUAAAAAACCACUGGAUGAUUUAAUAUCAACAAAGGAUCUUGUUGAUUUUGGUAAUAAACAAUUUCAUUCAAUUUUAGGUAAUGAGUCAUCAUCGAAAUGGAAAGAAAUUACAUCAAAUCUAAUUGAUCAUGAUAAUAUUGUUACAAUUAAAGAUAAAGAAACAAUCGAUUGGUUAUCAGAUAGAAACAGGUGGUUGUAG